AUGUCCGCCCUCAUUUUGCCCGACACAAACCACACUCUCCUCGCGGCUGGCGGACAGGAGGCCGAGCUGCAUCUCUCUUACUAUGACUCAUCCGACAGUUCGACGUCAACAUCAUCUCGCUCUACUCGUAGCUGUUCGCGAGGCUUCGGUCGCCGGCUGUGGGAGAGCAAAUACAUUCUCGAGAACAGCUCGAUCAAUAAUUCUGUCAUGCUCACUUCGAUGAGCUUCUCUCGCUCACAUCAGAGCGCGGCCGAACCACGGAUUGUUGUGAGCAACAAUGACCGGACGGUCAAGUUCUUCGACAUCGCUAUCCGCAACGGGAAGGCUGUCGAUGAUUAUGAACCGCGCCUUCUAGAUAUCGGUCAACUGCAUCUUGAUGUGCCUGUAAAUCACUCUUCCAUCUCUCCUGAUGGGCGUACCCUCCUGUGCGUCGGAGACUCGCCCGAUGUCUACCUGCACAGAAUCACCGGAGGCUCGCGGAUCACGUUCUCACCCAUCGCUACGCUCUCGCUGUCAUCAUACAUCCAACACUCGCACGAAGCUACGGGCGGCCUGUCACAAGUGUCAUCCAUCCCGGCGUCCUUCUCUAGCGCGUUCUCCGCCGACGGGUCUAAGUUUUCCGUAGCAUCACAAGAAGGCGUCGUUGUCGUUUGGGACGUCCGGAGCACGAAGCCCCUCAAGGUCUUUAACACGGACAAGUCCCGAGCCGGGUUCUCUGCGCGGAUAGCGACAGGAGCUGCGAGUGGAUGGCUGUAUGAUGCCCCGUGGGACUGGGCGCGCGGCGGUGCGCGGGCACCGGGCUGGGGUGUGCGAAGCGUCAAGUUCAGCCCGCCUGGCGUAGGCCGGGAGGUGAUGACUUUCACAGAGGUAUGUCAAAGCCAUGCGGAGUAUCGCGGCAACAUGGGAGAUUUUAUUGACCGCGACGUCUCUCCUUGCCAGCACACAUCAUUACUACACGUUAUAGACGCGCGCACAUUCGAGACGGAGGAAAUUGUCCGGCUGCCCAACUUCGAAUCACCGUCCCUGUAUCAGCCACCUCCUUCCGCACGUCCACGCUCGACGUCACCUACGCUCCGAUCAUCAACAACCCGCUCGUCAACUUCGUCUUCCGAUCCGCUCGCGCCCCCACGUAUCGUCCUCUUCAGCGGUGCGCUCGAGGACACGUUCCGGAUACCGUCCUCUGAUAGCCCCUUCACCUGGCGAACGUCCCGCAGAGCGCGUCGCCUAGCCAGCAGAGAUGAUGCCUCCCCUGAAGAAGAUCCGGAGAGUAUUCUCGUCAUCCCUCCUCUCGGAGACCGCGAAGUCGAGAAUGACGUCCGGCGUUUGCUCGGCCGCCACGGUAUGCGCCGCACGGCCGUCCUCGACCCCGAGACGGACCCGCGCGAGCCGCUCGAGAGCGCCACGGCAACUGCAUCGGAAGGCGGGCGCGAUCGCGAAGGCGACGAGAUGGACGUGGACGAGCUCGAGAGCGACUGCGUGUCGUCGCACGCGCCUUCGCGGGCCGGCUCCCCCGCGCCCGCGUCUCAGAUGUCGCUGCAGUCGUCCGGGACGCGCGCCCUGGAGCUCCUGCGCUCCCGCCCGACGCUGCUCGCGCGCCGAGAGAGCUCGGGGCCGUACGCGGCGUCGAGGUGGGGCGUGUCUUCCUCCGCGUCGUCGUCGUCAGCGAGGAGGCAUCGGAGGGGGACGGGCCAGGGGCGUGAUCCGCGGGGCGAGGAAGGAGAAGAGGAGCAGGACAUCGCGGGGGUGUGCUUCGACCCGACGGGCACGUUCGUGUACGUUGCGAGCGCGAAGGGCAUUGCCGAGUGGAGGGUGAGGGGUGCGGAGCAGCGAUGGUGGACGGAGCCUCAGUGGGCGUAG